UUUCAUUUACAGCCUACACAGGAAAACUAGGCACAUUUAAAGGCCCUCUGUGAUGCAAACAAAAAUUCCACCUGCCCCCACAUUUUGAUGUUUUAUAUUUCCUGAGCAGUGAGCUCUUUCUUCAAAUUGUAUCAACAGCUUCAAAGUGUUAAAACCCCAAACUUGGCUCUCUUGUUUGAUAUGGCUGAUUAUGAAUUCCAUUAUAUUCACAUGUUAGCCGAGGACUACUUGAAGCAUGUUCAACAGAUGCCACAACUGGGAUCACGUUUAAAUAAGACAUCUCAAAUACUGCAAAAGGUUGCUUUCUCUGUCCAAGAAGAAGUUGAAAAGGAUAUGGAAAUAUGCUUGAGCACUUUGGAAAUUGUUUCUGUAGAUUCUGCCAGAAGAAUUUUCAAUAGUGUUAUGGAAAAGGAAUUUGAGGAUGGCAUCAUUAACUGGGGACGUAUUGUCACCAUAUUUGCUUUUGGGGGAAUUCUCGUCAAGAAGCUUCUGAGACAUAGAGCUCCACUGACUAUGGGCACUCGUGAAGAAAUUUCUUAUUUUAUUGCUGAGUUCAUAAUGAACAACAUAGCAGAGUGGAUAAGACAAAACGGAGGAUGGGAAAAUGGCUUCGUAAAGAACUUUGAACCUAAUAUGGUGUGGCCAAACUUCACAGAUAUUUCAACAAAGAUCUGGAGUAUAUUUUCCUUUCUGAAGUAAUCCUUUUCAACUGAAAAGAAUUACCCUGUAUUGUGACACCUGCCUAUCCUAAAGCACUGGCUAACGCAAGAACUCUAGUUAAGAUUUACUUCUUUAAGGCAAUUUUGUGGACAUAACCAGUUCUUUGAGGAAUCUAUGAAAAUUUUUAAAAAAUCAACAUUUUUAUUAACAAACUGUGACUGCAUAUCUAUAAAUUCGGACUCAACCUAUUUUGCUUGGAGUAGAAGCUUUAAGCUCUGAGUUAGUAGGGGAGCAUAGCAAAAUACAAGUUCUGUCUUAUCACUUCAAUAAUAUGUUGAAUUAACAGAACACCUCAAGCCUCAAACAUCAUUCUCAAGGAACAUUUAUUGAUAUGCGCUGUUUUUGUUUAUCUACUACUGUACUAUA